AUGAGAAAAAUCUUGUUUGAUCCCAUUGGAACAACAUUACCACCCCAAUUACCACCUUCCCCUGCCCCCGCCCCUUCCCCUUCAGAACCAUAUUAUCAACAAUCAAAUGACUUCUAUGGUUCUGUCUACAACUACUUUUUACCUCCUGGUUUACCAGAGGACAGUGCAUACGAAAUGUCCACCAUUUCAAUAGUUAUAUGUCUGCUCAUCCUCUCUAUCUGUUCUCUCCUCUUCAUUUUCCACCUCCGCCUUAGAUCACGAUGGUCUCACCAUUUACAAAAGUUCAGCAGCGCAUGGUCCUUAAGAGUGCUCCUUGUUAUGUAUGUUGCUCUUUGGGCAUCCAACGAAAUUCUCAGAUUACCAUUUUUCCGUCGGCGUUACAUUUACCCGUAUUUGCCACCUUUAAAUCUAGCCCAAGAAGUCAAUCUAUGUAAAGCAUACGUGGUAUUAUCCCUCGGACUGUACGAGCCUGCAAUCCUGGCCACCCUUCUUUUCCUCUUACGAGUCUCAGUCAAGAAACGUUGCCCUAGUCAACUAUCAGCAAUCGCCAAGGUUGGUAGUAUGUGCUUACCAGUUUUUUUGGGCCAAAUACUUGUUGUCUACUUUUCUCCUCUCCAAGCGCAGCUACCAGAAAUCUUCUACCGGGGUUCGGUGAUUUCAAAAGAUCUUCAUGGGAACACCAAUGUGUACUGCACAUAUCCUUGGUCAAGUACAAUUGUCUUUGCAUGCUUUGGAAUGUCGUACACACUGGGAUUUUCAUUGUCAUGCUGGGAAGUUUUGUCUGUGGUGAUCAAUAAAUCAAUAAUUUAUCGGAUUAACUUUCUCGCCAUGACCAUCAAUUCGACGAUUCCUCUACAAAUCGUGUUUCUUGGAUUGUCUGCAUUCUCGUCAACCGGAAAGGUAGCAUCUGAAGCCAUGCUAAUCGCUAUGUUCUUUUGUGCUGCACUCUGCGUAAUUGUUGGGCUGGGUACUCUGGUUAUCAAACCCACUGCUGAUGCACUUGCCUCUGUAGUUGAUUUUCACCGGUCAAAUGCAAGGGUCCACAUUCGGGACUUGGAGUUUGAUAAAAAGCAAGAAGAAAAUGAACAGAAACAAUGA